GCACUGCGUCGGGUUGUCAUUAACAUAGAUGUGUCCGCCCGAGGAAGUGUGUUCCAACAACCAAACUACACUUUACCGUAAUUUACGCGUAACAAGUUGCCGGGUUCGCUUUGUAGCGCAUCUAAUGCCAGCUCAAUAGUUGACAUAAUAAUAAUAAGUGGUGGAAAAAAGUCGGUGCCAGUGCGAAAUUGUGCUAAAUAAUAUCAACAGAGACAGUGUCAAAGUUUUAACGGCCGCAGUUGGAAAUCAAAAAACGCUUUUUCCAAAUUUUCAUUUGUAAAAGUCGUUUUUAUCUAACCAAUUGUUAGAUAGUUUGGUGUGUUAUGAAAACAAGUGAAAAGCUUAGCUAUCGAAAUGCAACUCAAGAUGGAAGCACAGGCACAGCAACAAUUGCCGCAACAGCAACAGGUACUUGCCAAACAAGCGCAACAACAAGCACAACAGCAGGCGCAACAACAAGCCCAACAGCAGCAGCAUUUAUUAUCGAACAUCAAAACGGAAGUGAAUAGCGGUGAUUCGCAGUUGCCAACUGUGACAACAACAACAUUGCAGGCCCAAAAGAGCGCUGCUGAGGAACAGCAGCAAGUUGCGCAGGACUUGAACCAAACACAAUCUGUACAGCAACAGCAAACAGCUGCGCAACAACAACAACAUAUCUCUAGUCAAUCAAAGCCACUGACGCCUAAUCAAUCUCAAGAGCAAAAACAACAGUUACAGCAGCCACCGACAAGCGUGGCCACAUCGGCUGCAUCGAUUACCGGCGCUCAACCAACAUCGAGUGAGGAGUACAGCAUACCGUUACCGCGCAACACUCAACAGCGACGAAUAUUGACCACAGCGGGCACAUUCGAGGAAAACGACAAUCGUGACGCUGAUCAGCCCGACUCGCAGUCCGAAUUUCAUCAUCAUCAAUCCCCCGCCAAUUAUGUGGUAAUGGCACCGCGCAACGAAGAGCAUCCACCGCCCGGCACCGCCGUCUACACGUACACAACCACUGAGAAUGGUCAACAGAUUAUUUGCACCGAAACUGGUGCAGCCAUCAAACUCGAAGAUAUCGAAAAGGAUCAACAGGCCGGUGCAGACGCACAACAACAUCAUCAGCAGCAAAUACAGCAACAGCAACAACAACUUUGUACGCCACCAGGCAGUGGCUACGGCGAUACGAUUGUUGUAUCCGCCGCAGCAUUACACCAACAUCAAAAUCCACAUGGCGUCAUCAACGCCUCGACACAUGGCGGACAUCCGGGUGCGCAACUGCGUUUCGAUCCCGACGAGCGCUACAGCAAUGUACUGCAGGACAACGGCAACGUACAAACUAUUUACUACAAUCCCUCGGUGGUCGACUCAAGCGCACAUCCCGGUGAGGCAAAGACGUUUACAGAUCUUGGUAAUACCGAGUACUAUUCGAGUCCACCCACAUAUGCAUUGCCACCGCCGAAUAAUGGUCUAUACAGUGUUUCGAGUUCGACACAGUUGAUUUGUAAAUCGGAUCCGAAUUUAGGUGCCAUGCGACAGCCGGGACAAUUUCAGUCGUUAAUGGAAUCGGGCGUACAGGAGCAGUCGAUGUGGGCGCCAUCAAGUGUCGAAUUCUCCGGAUAUAAUACAUAUCACCAUCAGGUAGUUGAUGACUACGGCACCGGCAAUAUGACCACAACGCAUUGGCCAGGCACGGGACCGAUCACGGCUUACGAGGCAUCGCUUGUACCGACUGUCUACGAGUCACCCAAGUGUGAGAACUGUGGCGCCCUCUACAUACGGAAAGGCAACGAUUUCUAUUGCCCUACGGGUUGUAAUCAACUGCGACCGACCCAUGUGCGUGUACCGACACGUCAAACCAAACCGAAAAUACCAGCCAAUACCAAUAAUCGACGUACGGGCGUCACGUGCGCCAACUGCAACACCACGACGACAACGCUUUGGCGACGCAACAACGAAGGCAACCCUGUAUGCAACGCUUGCGGCCUAUACUUCAAGCUACACAAUACGAAUCGGCCGCAAUCAAUGAAGAAGGAUGGCAUACAGAAACGUAAGCGCAAGCCAAAGAAUAACGGUGGCAUGCCGUCCAUGAAACCACUACCAUUAAAUGACUACUCACACACAGCACUGUCGGGCAUGACGCAGAAUGUGACGCUGAUGGCACCUAACGGUACGAUUUACCCCUCGCAAGUGUCCGCCUUAAGCUUGCCGAUGAACGGCGGUGUUGGUGCAGGUAUUAUUGGUGGUGGCCAACAACCGUUGCCCGGUGAAAUACGCGAUAUGUCGAUAAAUGGAAAUGGCAGCAGUGCGUCUGCUGGCUCGGUAUCCUCCGGUGUGGUUGGUGGCAGCGUCGUUGUGGCGAGUAGCGCGGGGAGCUCCGUAACCGCCACCGGACCACGCAACGUAUCGAUAGUACAACACGUGACUGGCGACAGUCACUCGCCGUAUAGCAAUCCACCAUCGCAAAGUCAAUCGCCGCACUUAUCCAAUCCAUCGCCGCUAAAUCGACAACCAAUCGCACAAAGUGUGCAACCCAUCGAAGCGACACGUGCAACAAAUGGUGAGAUACCGACCAGCGUUAUAACACGCACUGGCCUACCCGAACGUUCCUCGAAUAAUUGAGCGGCAUGCGGCCCUCUCAUGCAAACUUUUUGAAUUUGCCAAAAAGAGAUAAACCAAAGCUUUUGUUGUACUUGAGUACGUGUAUUUUAUUAUUAAA